AUGGUGCACCUUUAUCAGACCGCCGGUACGGAACGGUCCCCGAAGGAGAAGACGGGCAACUUUAUGUCGAACUUGAAGGGACUAUUUUUCCGCCCCAGCCAGCCGAAGCUGGGCAGCAACGUGGGCACUUUCGGUAAAACCACCGGCGGGACCUCAUCAGCGAAGGCACCGAUUGCUUCACCGGAGUCGGGAAGUGAACCAUCGUCGUUAGUGUUGCCACGUUCACCAGAAGCCCGUCCGUUGACGGUACAGCGCACGGUAACGUUACAGCUCCCGCAUCACGGUGACAAUCGGUACGACAUUCGAGCGACGGCGGCCCAAGACGCCCGUCAGGAUCGAAGGCGCGCCAAAUCAGCGAUCAAAUCCGUCAAGCGGCGCUCCUUCGGCAAACGCAUCAACAACCUGUGGAGCAACUUUGGACUGCUGCGUAGCUCGGAGCGUAUCGUGGAGUUUGCCAACGGUCACGCUGCAUUUCAACACGUGCGUGAAAAUUUGACCGAUCUCAAUGGGCGCCCGGAAGCGAACGAAACGGACCUUGUAUUUCUGCAAGGAAUACUGGCCAAUCCGGCCGUUACGCAGUUGAUUAAGAUCCAAGACAAGCUCGAGGAAGUACCAGCGCCACUGCGUCCAGUACGAGUGGACAACGCGCCCCUGCUGAAGGAGGUGAUCGAUCGCUGUAGCCUCUCGCGGAAUCCGCACGCCCGUGAGCUCGCCCGCAUCUUCCGCUAUCCACACUUUCGCGCCCUGCUCGAAGCCCACGACGAGAUCGGUGAAACGCAGCUCGAGAAGCUUAAACAUCCGCCAGCAGUAGAAGCACCCGCGUCCGCAUCACCGACGGGAAGCAGUCCGGGGAGCAACGGACACGGUCAGCACAGUCCUGCCAGUGCCAGCGAGAUCGACGGUUCCGGUGUAGAGCUGCUCACGAUCAACGACAUGCCCGGGGAAACGAUCAAGAUGGUGGGCAUCCGGAGAAACCCGGACGAGCCGCUCGGGCUGACGGUGGAGGUGGACGACCACAAUCAGCUGGUGGUGGCACGGAUCAUCGCCGGCGGUAUGAUCGAUCGCCAGGGGUUGCUACACCCGGGCGACGUCAUACUGGAGGUGAACGGUGUGCCCGUGACCACGCCCGAGGAGUUGCAGGGUGAGAUAUCGGUUGCGAAGGAAUCGGUCACGUUGAAGAUUGGGCCGAGCAUCGAGGAGGAGAUGAAAUCCGCCCGCAUCACCAUGGCCGGUGGACAGGUAAAGAAUGGACGAAAUUUAGACUCGGGCAAGAAGCUAACGUGUUAUAUGCGUGCGCUGUUCGACUAUGACCCGAACGAGGACAAUCUGCUGCCCUGCAAGGAGAUCGGGCUGUCGUUCAUGCGCGGUGACAUCCUGCAGAUUAUCAACGUGAAGGAUCCGAACUGGUGGCAGGCGAAGCACGCCGGAGAGGAAGGACCGACGGGACUGAUACCGUCCCAGGAGCUGGAGGAACGUCGUCAGGCGUACGUACCUCCGGAGGCAGAUUUCGUGCACAAGAUAGGCAUCUGCGGCACAAGGAUUUCAAAAAAGAAGCGAAAGAUACUGUACAAAACGAAGCAAAAUGGAGAGUUCGAUAAGGCGGAUCUGAUGCUGUACGAGGAAGUUACCAAAAUGCCACCCUUCAAGCGGAAGACAUUGGUGUUGGUCGGUGUGGCGGGCGUCGGUAGACGAACGCUUAAGAACCGGCUGAUCAACAGUGAUCCGGACAAGUUUGGAUCUGUACUGCCACACACUUCUCGUCAACCGCGACCUCUGGAAGAAUCGGGCAAAGCCUACUGGUUUAGUGAUCGCGAAGAUAUGGAGGAAGAGAUAAGGGAGAACAAGUUCUUGGAGUUUGGUGAGCACAAUGGUAACUUGUACGGUACCCAUUUGGACUCGAUUCGUGACGUUAUUCGGCAAGGCAAAAUGUGUGUUCUCGAUUGUUCACCGGCGGCGUUGAAGACUCUACACAACAGUCCAGAGUUUAUGCCAUUUGUGGUGUUUAUAGCCGCACCGGGAAUGGAACAGCUGAAGUUGCUGUACUCCGAGCGCAGAUCGGCGAGCGGUUCCACGAGGAAUUUACACUUUGAUCGCCAAAGCUCUAUACGCUACAGUUCGCGCCGUGCAAAAACUCUGGAAUCGUUGGCAUCGCUGUACGAGGACGAUGAUCUUAUAUCGGCCGUCGAGGAGAGUGCACUGCUCCAGCGAAAGUACGACAAAUACUUGGACAUGGUCGUGGUGAACGAAGACUUCGAUGACACAUUCCGACAGGUGACGGAAGCUCUGGAGCAGCUGUCACACGAACAUCAGUGGGUGCCGGUGAACUGGAUCUACUAG